AUGUUCCAAAUCAUCCCCCGCCAUGUGAUAACCCGACGAGUGGUGCCCCUCACCGUGAGGGGAACAGCACCACGCCUCACUCCUCUCUAUCGCCAAACCCCCCUUCGUUACUACAGUGAAAAGAAGGACUCUGACAAACUUAAUCAAGAGCCAAAGAAAGAGGCCACCGAUCCCAGCACCACCACUACCACCACCAAGCAAGACGACAUCCUCUCCCUCCGUCAAAAACUUCACAAAACCAACACCUGGCACGAAGCCGACCAACUCCGGAAACAGAUCCGAAAACAUGAGGAAGAAGUGACAGAAACACCAACCACAUCAGCGACACCAGUGACUCCAGCCACAUCAGCAACAACAGCAACACCAGCGACACCAGCGACACCAGCGACACCAGCGACACCAGCGACACCAGCGACACCAGCAACCCCAGCAACCCCAGCACCAGCAACAUCAGCAACACUAGCAAAACCAGCAACACCAACGACACCAACAACCCCCGCCCAAGCCGUCAACCCCCCAGCCCAACCCCCAAUCGACCUUCUCCUAAAACAACAGCUCUCCCUCCACCUAUCCCGCCUCAUCCAAGAAUCAACAGACCAAACCCUCCAAAAACUCGCCCCCCUCACCAACCCCACCACCACUCCAGGCAUCGUCAAUACCCUCAAAAGAAUCGAAAGAAGAGCCUGGGCCUGGAGGAUCUUCCUCCUCACUGCCGCCCUGGCCGGGACUGUAGUCCUAAUCCCCGAGCACGAAAGGGAGUACUACAUCUACCGCUUCAACGACGCGUGCGAAGAGGUGAAGGGGUGGUUUGACGAGGAGGUGAGAGAGGCCAGGAGGAAGAAGAGGGAGGAGCAAGAGCUGGAACAGGGGAGGGGUGUUAUCGAGGCGUUGACGAGGAGCGACAUCAAGGUUGAGGCUUACCCUUCGCGAGAUGAUCAGCGUCUGUCCAUCCUGUCAAAGUUCUUGUUUGUCCUGUUUUGGUGCUUUUGCUGGUCGGGGGGUUUUACCGGGUUGGUGCUCCCGGGGAGGGUGUUCAGGGGUGGGAAGGUUGAGUAA